GUUGUUGGUGCCGCAACCUGAGCUUAGUACUUCCAAAGAGAUGCACCACAAAACGUGACCGUUUUUUUGUGACAACCGUGCCGCGAAACACUGGGAAGGUUGAGGGCCUCAUAAAAAGGCUAAAUUCAAUCAAAUCGAAUCGUUUGCCGCGAAAUCCCAAUGAGAUUCACUUCUCGUACGAACUAAACACGUGGUGCUUCUUCUUUGCGAGCCACAUUUUCCGUAUUUGUUGUUGUUUUAUCAGCAAGGCGCAGCUCAAGGACGAGCAUGGUAUCGGCAACGUGGUUCAGGGAUUCGCGGUGGGUGGUGCAAUUUGGCGCGAUCGAAGUGAAACAAAGAAGGCACUUGAAAUCGACAUAAAAGUGACCUUCUAUUAUUCAUCGAUGGCUGGUGGCUGCUAGUCGAGUGCCGCCGAAUCGUAGUCGGCUGCGAGCUGGCCGUUGACGCGGAUGCGAAUCAGUUGUGGAAAAGUUUCGCUUUUUGAGAGGAGUGAAAAUAUCGGGGGAAAUUCAAGCAGUACAUUCAAAUUUUGUGUGUUUUUUUUUAUUGAAGUAGAAGAAGGCGAAAUGAAGAUGCCGGCGUUAAAUGUGGGACACAUAACCACGCCGGAGCCGCAUUAUAUUCCUGGCUACACCGGAUACUGCCCGCAGUUGAUGUACAGGAUUGGUAACACGUAUUCCUCACUUUCCCACCGGCUUUUGAUUGACCCUUCAGUUUCGCACUCGGAAAAGUUAAUUUUAUCGGAUCGAUCAACGGACGAGUACCAGGUAACCCGUCCAACGUUGAGGGAAAUCGACGCCACCGGAACCAUUGUCCCGCGGCACGAGGAUGAAGACCUGCGGGAUACGAUCUACCAAAAGCCGCUCAUGCCCGGUUACGAGGGCUACAUUCCGCGCACGCAGAGCAAAUACGGACGCCGGUACGCUGUGGUCACCUCCGAAGGGCUCAGCGAGUUUGAGCGGGAAUGUUUGCGAACGCGAACUCAGAUGAAAAAGCUUAGGCAUCGGACUGCCCAGCCCAUUUCCACCAUCUCGGAGUACAGCUUGGGGGAUCGGAUGAAGUUUCACAAAACGGACUACCGUUUCCCGCUGGAGGCCACCCGGCCAGACGCCUCGGGUGUCUGCAAAGAGGUCCCCGUCGAGAAUCUGCCACCGCUGCCAGAGCUGCCCUACUCGCGCCACACCCCGCCCCACUUUAUGGAGAACGGUGACAACGAAAAGUACACCAAACUAGGUUACACCGGCCACAAACCGUUCCUGUGGCCCCGGUUCGGGGAGGCCAAUGUUCCGCUGACGAAAAAGUCGAUGUGCGACUUUACCAACAGCUACCAGCAUCGGCGAAACACGGAGUGGGUUCCGAUCGCUCCGGCGGGUUCGGGCACGUGCCAACCGAGCGCCCAGGUUAACGAGAUUUACAUGAAGAACAUUGGGCUGCUGCCGAGCUACAAGGGGCACGUUCCUGGGGCGAUGUUUAGGUUUGGCAACACCUUCGGAAAUGACAGCAAAGAUGCAAAGAAGGUUCUGAAGAAGUGUUACGAAGAUUAGUUAAAUGCUUUCGGAACAGUAAAUUUUACGACAUUUUUUGUGAUAAAA